AUGGCGGCGCCGCUGUACACCACGGCUUCCGGCCAGCUCUACCACGCAGGCAAGAUCCUCAUCGCCACCGUCGGCCUCCCCGCACGAGGCAAGACGCACCUCUCGCACGCCAUCGAGCGCUACCUCACCUGGCUCGGCGUCAAGUCGGGCGUAUUCUCGCUCGGCGAUCACCGUCGCAAGGUGCUGGGUGGAGCCGACAAGAUCCCGCCCGACUACUUUAGCACCGGUCCCAAGAGUGCCGACACCGAGGCGCUGCGCAAACGCAUCCUGGACGACUUUGACGAUACGGUCAUCGACUUUUUCUUCAACCAGGGCGGUCAGGUCGUCGUGUACGAUGCCAACAACGGCGUCCAGGCGCGUCGCUAUGCCAUCCGCGAAAAGUACGGAAAGCUGGGUGUGCACGUCAUGUUUCUCGAGAGCAUCUGCACCGAUCCACGCGUGGUCGAGGCCAACGUACGCAGCGUCAAACUCAGCAGCCCGGACUAUGUCAACUGGGACCCGGAGCGCGCGGUGCAGAACUACUACUCGCGCAUCGCGGGUCACGAGAGGACGUACGAGCCCAUCGAGAAUCCAAGCUUCCCUUACAUCAAGCUCAUCAACGUCGGUGAACAGGUGGUGGUCAACAACAUCCAGGGCUACCUCCAGUCGCGCAUCGUGUUCUUCCUGAUGAACAUCCACAACCGUCAGCGCACCAUCUAUCUCGUGCGCGCAGGAGAGGCGCUCGUCGAGCAUCUGUACAAGGCGGAUGCCGAUCUGUCGUCGCUCGGAUGGGACUAUGCCGACGAGCUUGCGCAUUUCAUGGUGAAUCUGCGUCGCAAGAAGGCCGGUCUUGCACCCGUCGAUGGCCCCACCGCUGCUGGAUCCAAGGACGAGUUUAUGGAAGCCGACAGCAAGGCGUUUGAAGUAUGGACGUCGCAGCGACGGCGCUCUUCGCACACGGCGUAUCCGCUCGCCGAGGCAGGGUACAAGGUGAUCGAGCGCAGCCAGUUGAGCGAGAUGAACCCGGGCGUGGUGGAUGGUAUGACCAUGGACGAGGUUCGGCGACGCUUUCCGGACGAGUACGAGCGCAAGCUGCGCGAACCCUACUCGCACCGCUUCCCGCGUGCCGAGUCGUACCACGACCUAUCGGUUCGACUGGAGCCGAUCAUAUUCGAGCUGGAACGUACGCGCAAUGAUGUGCUCAUCAUCGGUCAGUCUUCGGUGCUGCGCUGUCUGAUUGCGUAUCUGCAGGGCUUGCAGCCACACGAGAUUCCAAGCAUCCAGAUUCGCGAAGGAGACCUGAUCGAGAUCCUCCCCCAGGCGUACGGGGUCAAGACCGAGGUGCAUGAAUUCUGGGACCCCGACGCACGCCGAAACGAACGCGAUGCGGCGUUUGACGACCUCGAACAAUCCGCACCCGAAAAGUCGACGAUGGUGCAUAUCAAUGAGGCCGUCAUGUCCGGGCCCGCUGUGCAACCCGAAAAUCCUGCCAGACUCCAGUGGGCAAGACGAAGGAACUCCUCCGGCCGCAGCCCAGAGGGCAUCCGUGCCGACCGCGAAGCCAUCCGUGAACUCGAGGCACAUCUGCGCGAAAACCAGAUCAAGGAACACUCUGAAUCCGCCGCACUUUAA